ACAAUUGCUUAUCAAAUGAAAAUGAUGGACACAUUGACGGAUCAGUUUAGUCUUCAAGACUUGGUGGCCGCCGCCAGUGUCACAUCCCAUCAUCACCAUAAUCAGCCCCAUCAGACACACCAUCAACAUCACCAUAACGUACAGAUACCCGACACGACAACUCAUAUGCAAUCGUCAGGUGCCGUACAGCCGCACAACAAUAGCCCGGUGUCGGCACUGACGGCUCCGUCAUUUUCAUCGCCACACCAUCACGUGACUACACUACUGCCUCCGCCGAGCAUGUCAUCGAUGAGCACACAUCACCAUCAUCUGCAUCACCUGAAUCACGCCAUGACGUCGGCCAACCAAAUGGCCAGAACUGGCUUAUUGACCACCAAUGGUUCGGAUCUGCCGUGUUCUACCACUUCCAUACAGGACAAUAACAAACAUAAGAGAGAUGCAGUGACGGCAUCGGUGGAGAAGCCAUCGCAAAGCGGAGCCGCAGCGGACAGUCAGGCGGAUGGGAGUGAUGUGGACGACCCGAAAAAGAAGAAAAGACAGCGCAGACAGAGGACACACUUUACGAGCCAACAGUUGCAGGAAUUGGAGGCAACUUUCCAGAGGAACCGAUACCCGGAUAUGUCUACGAGAGAAGAGAUCGCUAUGUGGACUAACCUAACGGAGGCCAGGGUUAGGGUAAGUGUAUGGUUUAAGAACCGUCGGGCAAAAUGGCGUAAACGAGAGCGCAAUGCGGCGGCUGAGCUGAAGAACGGGUUUGGGUCUCAAUUCAAUGGUCUCAUGCAAUCACCGUUUGACGACACGACUGCCCUGUACUCUGGUUACGGCACAUACAACAACUGGGCGUCCAAAGUGCCGUCGCCGUUGGGCGCCAAAUCGUUUCCGUGGCCAAGUCUCAACUCGGUCAACGUCAAUCCUCUGGCGGCCACCCAAUCGGCGAUGUCGUGCUUCAACACGAGUACCACAAUGCCUAACGUCAACGCUGGCCUCCAGAACGUGUCCAAUGCGUGUCCCUACGCGGGUACCACCGCCGCCACCUCUCCAUACGUAACCGCAUACCGAACCGCGACUGACCAGUGCUCUAAUGCUAUGUCUGCCUCCAGUAUAGCAACACUUAGACUGAAAGCCAAACAACAUUCGGUCACACCUUUCGGUACGAUGUCGUCAUACUCACCGAUGUCUCCCCGACAGUCCAAUACUGGUCUCAAUCCCUGUCAAUACGGGGUCACACCUAUCAAUAACAUCAACAACAACAACAACAACACAAACAACUCGGACAGGACUUCCGUGUAAAUGUUAUUUUAAACUUAAAUUUUAUUUCAAUUACAGUACACAUACACACACACACAUACA